AUGUCCGGAAUGUCGUCGAAUAUGUACAGUCCCGAUGCAUACACUGCUAGCAUGACCAGGUACAAUCCCUAUGCUCCUUAUUCGUCGCCGCAUCACACUCCGGCCAAAGACAUGGUGAAGCCUCCCUAUUCGUAUAUUGCGCUCAUCGCAAUGGCGAUCCAGCACAUGCCCGAUAAGAAAAUAACCCUGAAUGGAAUUUACCAGUUCAUCAUGGAACGCUUCCCGUAUUACCGUGAAAACAAACAAGGAUGGCAGAACUCGAUCAGACACAAUUUGAGCCUCAACGAAUGUUUCGUCAAAGUACCUCGCGACGACAAGAAGCCCGGAAAGGGAAGCUAUUGGACCUUGGAUCCAGACGCCGUCGGCAUGUUCGACAAUGGCUCUUAUUUGAGACGUCGGCGACGUUUCAAGAAGAAAGAUGCCCAGCGCGAAAAGGAGGAGCAGCUCAAGAAACAACAGCAGCAUCAAGAGAAGGAUGGCCAAGGUAACGAUAUGCAGGUAUCUUCGUCCACUCCCACACAACAGAGUGACGUGCCGACUUCUCUCGUGAAUCCUGGCUACAUAAAAGUGAAAUCGGAAGUGGAUCCGGAAGGCGUGAAAAUGAAUUCAUGUCUGAGUGCGGACGUGAAAGGGCUCGAUAGUGCCACUGCCCGAUCAGUGAACAGUCCCAUUUCUCACAUCAACGAUGGCUGUCAGCUCUCUUCGUUGGAGUCUGGUGCCCAUUCCGUCAACAAUUUCUCUGUGGACACCCUCAUGAUGGGGCGAGAUAAUCAGAGCACCAAUCACAGUCUCCUGUCGGAACUCCCUUCGUCCACAUCCAGUACUUCCAGUGCAUCCGCAGUAGCAGCAUUCAGCUACCCUCGAGGUCCAUUGUACCCCUGCGGUCAAGUCUCACCGUCUCCAUUGAAUCUGGGUCCAGGUGGAAUCGGAGCAUCGUCCGUGUAUCCCUUCCAACAAGCGCUCUACGGUUCCCCGUCGAGCAUCGGUGAAGAUUCGACCGCCCAGGGUUUGCUGGGAUCGUCUCAAUCCCACCUCAGUUCCACUCAACAGCAGGGAUAUGCCAGGGGCAGCUGGUAUUCUGUAUCACCCGAAGCAAGCAGCUCUUCACUAAGUGAUCCUGGUACCUACCUCUAUCCCAAUGGUUCUCCAUCAACGGCAGCCAAUUGUCAAAUGGGAUUUCGUAGCACUACCUAUCGAAACCCAUAUUAUUCGGAUUGCUCGAAAUACUGA